AUGAAUAUGGCCCCACUCCACAGCCCAGAAAGAAGCGCAAUUAGGAGUUUCGAUGGUUGCUGGACAUGUCGACUCAGACGUAAGAAAUGUGAUGAGAGACGCCCUAUUUGUGGAACUUGCGAUACUCUUUACAUCACCUGCCAUUACAGCCCUGAGAAGCCGGAAUGGAUGGAUGGCGGUGUGAGACAGAGGGAGAUGGCCGACCAGAUCAAGGCCGAGGUGAAGGAAAGCGCCGACCGCCGCCGCUGGAAGAGGGUGAUCCAUGCCUCUGGCUCAGUUCCUGAGACUGACACCACGAUCACGGCGGGGCCCGUUGGGUUAUCCGAGCAACUGCCUAGCGACCAGCCUCCUUGGACCAAUGCGGCGGCGGCCUCUUUGACGAACGGCGAGGCUGCUCGAGCGCAGCUAGCCAUACCCAAUUGCAGGCUAGAAUCCAGGAAUCACAACGUUAACGGCACGACCAUGAGUCAAUCUGAUUACAUCCUCUUCUCAUUCUAUCUCGAGCAUCUACUACCUUUUUUGUUCCCUUUCUACCGCCCACCCGCUCUUCAAGGUGGCAGAGCAUGGAUCAUGGAAUUGAUGCUCAACAGCCCAGUUAUGCGCCAGGCCACUCUCUGCCAGAGCUCUUAUUUCUUUUCUGUCAUUCACGGCUCGAAUGAUUGCGCUAGCCUUGACGCGCUUGUGGGUGCCAGAACAAGAGAUGCAUUUGCGAUACUGCGGCAGUCAAUCCAAAGUAUUGGCGACUCGGAUAUAAAUGAACAACUGCAUGAUGCGGCCCGAACCCUUGUUAGCAUUCUACAGCUGCAGCGGUUUGAGGUUGCCAUAAUGAGUUUUCAGAAUUGCCAGCCCCACCUAAACGCUGCAGUAGCUUUAUUCAAGCGACUAAUGGAAGAUGUUGGUGGUGUGAAGGCCGUUGGACCACGCCUAGCCUAUGAUACUGUCCUCCGGCAUCUGGGACCAUCAACGAGGAUCUUACCGACCGACAACUUUCAGGUUCCCAACGCUGAGCAGGCCGCUUUCUCGUUUGCGUCUACGCUUGUUAUAUUGGAUGAUAUUAUUACAAGCACUGUCUCGCAAGAGGAACCAAAGCUCUACGAAUACCACCGCCAUUUACUCGACGAUGCUGACAGCCCUAUUAAUGCUGAGGCCGUAGUGGGUUGCCGAAACUGGAUUUUACUGGGCGUUAGCGAGAUAGCUCGACUUGAUGCAUGGAAGCAACGCUGUAAGAGGGCCGGAAGCCUCGAUAUGAUGGAGCUGGUUCGCCGUGCCUCGCCCAUAAAGUCCUUACUGGAGACUGGCCUUGCGCGUCUGGACAUUGAACCGGUGAAGUCGACUCGAGGUGUUGGCGUUCUAUUGAGUAUUUUUCUGGGAAAUAGUGGCCAAGGACCAGUAUCUCUGUGUCAGAAGACCCUUGCCAUUCCUGUCUGGGCGCAUGCUGCACUGCUUUAUCUGUUUGUCGUGGUAUCAGGCUGGCAACCUCGCAGUGCGGAAGUCGCCUACCAUGUCACCAAGAUACUCGAUAUCCUGACCAACGGAGUAGAACCACCAGGGCUUCUGCGUGCCAUUGUUUGGCCCUUUUGCAUAGCCGGGUUUCUCGCGCAACCUCACGAUGAAUGGCGUUUUCGAAAGCUAGUGCACGAUCUACAGCCGUUAAGCGUGUUUGGCACUGCGCGCAAAGCGCUUGAAUUAAUGGAGAAUAUAUGGCGUGAUAGAGAUGCGGAAAACAGUAUCAACUUUGAUCUAGGUACACUGUUCAGCAGUCCAGGGGAGCUGAUCCUGCUCGUUUGA